AUGGAGAGCAGUGGUGAGUCAACUCCAUACACUUCGGCAGACAUGAUGGUUAAACAAUAUAUUGAAUUGCCAUAUCUUGACAGAACAUGCGACCCACUUCAGUUUUGGAACGAAAAGAAAUGUUUAUAUCCAGUGUUAUUUAAAAUUGCGCAUAAAUAUCUUUGUAUCCCAGCAACAUCAGUUCCUUCAGAGUGCUUAUUUUCAAAAACCGGGAUUUUGUGCAAUGAUAGAAGAAACCGUCUAGCACCUAAAAAAGUUGACCAAAUUCUAUUCCUCAAUAGCAUUCAAUAA